CAAAUAUUCAAUUCAUUCAAAUUAUAUAAAACGGCCAGGCUUUUCUUCUCUUCCUAUCUUGUUCACAUGAUCACAUAUAUGAAUAAUAAUUUUUGUCAAAAAUCUGGGGUUCUCCUACAUUUUCACAAUUCAAGUGUUUGAUUCCAUUGAAAUUAGGUUUUAAUUGUUAUUAAGGAUUGGAUUUGUUGAAUGAUUCUGUAAACAAAACAAUGAGCAUCAAUCCAGCUGCUUUAGGAAGACCAACUUCGGGUAAAAGAAGAUUGAAAGAUCUUUUGGCUCAACGUGAUAAUCGUGUGUGUGCAGAUUGUGGUGCUCCAGACCCAAAAUGGGCUUCGGCAAAUAUUGGAGUAUUUAUAUGCUUAAAGUGCUGUGGUGUUCACAGAAGCCUCGGUACACAUAUUUCAAAGGUUUUAUCUGUGACGCUAGAUGAAUGGUCGGAUGGCGAAGUUGAUUCGAUGAUUGAAGUGGGGGGAAAUGCUUCUGCAAAUUCUAUUUAUGAGGCUUAUAUUCCUGAAGGGGUGUCUAAGCCUAGACCAGAAGCUAGCCAUGAAGAACGUUCGAAAUUUAUCAGGGCUAAAUAUGAGCGCCAGGAUUUUUUGAAACCUAGUCUGCGUAUUCUAUCCUCGUCAUCGAAAAAGCAUUCUUUGCAAGCAAGUUUGUCGAGGAAGAUUAUGGAUAGCUUUCGGAGUUCAGGAUCACAUAAACCAGAGGUGGGCAUGGUGGAGUUUAUUGGCAUGUUGAAGGUUAAAGUGAUCAAAGGCUCGAAUCUAGCUAUUCGAGAUAUGCUAUCAAGUGAUCCAUACGUUGUUUUGAGCCUCGGGCAGCAGAAAGUUCAAACUUCUGUGGUGAGAAGCAAUCUGAAUCCUGUCUGGAAUGAGGAACUUAUGCUCUCUGUUCCAGAAAAAUAUGGCCCGAUAAAACUGCAAGUUUACGAUUACGACACGUUCUCUGCUGACGACAUAAUGGGAGAAGCCGAGAUAGAUAUUCAGUCGAUGAUUACAUCAGCAACGGCCUUUGGUGAUGCCAGCAUGUUUGGGAACAUGCAGAUCGGGAAAUGGCUCAAGUCAACAGAUAAUGCCCUGAUCGAGGACAGCACGGUCAACAUAGUCGAUGGGAAAGUCAAACAAGCCGUGUCCUUAAAACUCCAGAAUGUCGAAUCUGGAGAAAUAGAUCUCGAGCUAGAGUGGAUUCCUCUUGGUCAAUGAUAAUAGUGUGUGUGCAUUAUGUAUAGCUUCUUGAAAAUCAAAUUGAUUGUUCAUGAUAAUUGUUCUGUUCAAAUCUGGAAACUCUGUAUUUUUGUCAUAUAUUUUUCUUUUUCUUUUUUUGGCCUUUUUAAUUGUUGUUUCCUGUAUUUUAUAGAU